UACAGUCUCUUCGUUGCUGACGGCUGUUAAAAUAAACACCCAGAGCCAGUCCCUCAAGAAACCCCACCGAGACAGAGACGACACCAUCUUCGUCCAGUCCUUUCCUCGUCGUUUACUCUCUCCGUUAAUCAAAACCACGCGGUUUCACUCUCUCCGGCAACGAUCUCAUGCCUUCUCCCCUACCUUAAAGUUUCCCAGGUCGGGGAGAACACAAUCAUCACCGUUCAUCAAAUGUCUCUUCCCCAAUCACCCACCGCUGAUUCUCUUCAUCAACAGCGCUCCUCCACCGUUGAUCACCGUGUCUCUUCCAAACGCAAACUAGACGAUGUGGAUGACAACGACGCCGUUUUCUCUGACUUAAUCUCUGUCAGGAUGCGUAAAGACGACACCGAGUCAUCCACCGGCAACAAUCAAGAACAACAACAACAACCUCCCUCCAUCUCCUCCACCAAUCAGCUCUCCACGCGUGUCUCCGACGCCUCCACCUCUUCAUCAUCCACCAACUUCCCCUCCUCCGCCAUGGGGACCACCACACCCUCGCCGCUGCGGAGGUCGCAAUCAAGACUCCAAUUCUUUAUCAGAAUGAUCUCCGAUGCAACUCAUGUUGUGAUCAACGCGAACUCGAGCGAUUCUGUUAAAUCACUCCACGAACAGAUUCGCGCGAUGACCGGAAUUCCGGUGAUAGAGCAGAGAUUAAUCUACUUAGGUAAGCAAUUGCAAUACGAGAACAAACUCUCCGAUUACUCUAUUGAGAACGAUUCGAUUCUUCAUUUAGUCGGUCGAAUGCGUAGCACUAGGCAUCCUCGUACUUGUCAAUUGAUUAAUGAUAUGGUUUCUUACAUUUGUCGGAUUUGUAAGUCUAUAUUGCCGUGUGGUGUUCAUCCUUACACGUCAAAGCAUAUAAAGGAGUUGAUGAAUGAGUUCUUUAGUUUGACGCCCAAGGAUGAUAAUGAGGAUGCUUCGGGGCACUUGAAUGUUUUUUUGUCCAAUAGUGCACCGGCCGCGCUAGUUGCACUUUAUGUUUCGAGUAUUAAAGGGAAUAAGGAGUGUGCGGAGGGUGCUAUUAGGCACUUUUUGAAUUCGUGUAGGAUUUCGUUGCCUAAGAAUUUGCAUUUACAGUGUGUGCCGAUUGUGAUGGAGUUUUGUAAUUUGUUGAGGAAGGUUGGGAGUGACGAUCCGUUGUAUGUUGUUUGUAGGAGUUGUCUUGGUUCGUUGUUGGAGAAUGGUGGGGGUACGUGUGGGUGGAGGUAUCAUGGAGGGGAGGAGGGGAAGGGAGUUGUUAUGCAGGAGAUUUUUCCAUUUGUUAGUGAGUUGGGGAGCAAGUUGUCUAAAGAUUUGACGGGGAGUGUGGCGGAGAGUAUGGGGCCAUCGGAGGCUGUUGUUAAGGAUUUUUCAGCGUUUUUGAUACCAUUGCAUAGUGUGAUUUCCGAGCAAAGGGGAUUUGGGAGUCCAAUUUCGAUGCCUUUGAAGAAGAGGGCGUUUAAUUGUCCAUUGUAUGCGAAAGAAAUUGAGCAGCUUCAUGUGAUAUUCAUUGAUUUGCUGGAUAUUAUGGAGAAAUGUCUUGAGAAAAUGCAGGAUUCUUCGAAUUUGAAAACGAAUGGAGAAGGUGAGUUGAAUCAUACAGGUUGGUCCCAAUAUUUGUUUAUUUUGAAGGAGUUGAAUAACAUUGCUAAACUUUAUAAGGGUGCUGAGGAAAAGUUUUGGACGGUUUUGAGGCUUAGAAAAGCUUCCUUGUGUGUGCUGAUUGUUAGAUACGCUAAACGAACUGAUGAUCAUCAGUGGCUUCUUCAGCAUAAGGAUGUGACUGAUUUUGACUCUAGGAGGCAUUUGGCUAUGAUGAUGUUCCCUGAGUUGAAAGAAGAUUACGAGGAUCUGCACGAGAUGCUCAUUGAUCGGUCACAAUUGUUGGCAGAGUCAUUUGAGUACAUAGUGCAUGCCGAAUCAGAUACACUGCAUGUUGGUUUAUUUAUGGAAUUUAAAAAUGAGGAAGCAACUGGUCCUGGUGUAUUGCGUGAGUGGUUUUUCUUGGUUACACAAGCUAUAUUUGAUCCUCAAAAUGCCCUUUUUGUGGCAUGCCCAAGUGAUCGUAGAAGGUUCUAUCCUAAUCCCGCAUCUAAGGUGGAUCCCAUGCACCUUGAUUAUUUCACAUUCUCUGGUCGAGUGAUUGCAUUAGCUUUGAUGCAUAAAGUGCAAGUCGGCAUUGUAUUUGAUCGUGUGUUUUUCUUGCAAUUGGCUGGGAUGCAUAUUUCUUUGGAAGACAUACGGGAUGCAGAUCCAUGCUUGUAUAGCAGUUGCAAACAGAUUCUGCAGAUGGAUCCUGAGUUCAUUGAUUCAGAUGCUUUGGGGCUGACAUUUGUCAGAGAAGUUGAGGAGCUAGGAUCCAUAAAAGUUGUGGAACUUUGCCCUGGUGGGAAAGGCAUUGUUGUAAAUAGCAAGAACCGGGAGAAAUAUGUCAAUCUGCUAAUUCAACAUCACUUUGUCACAUCUAUCUCUGACCCUGUAUCUCGAUUUGCACGUGGUUUUUCUGAUAUUCUUAACCCUGGGGAACAGAAGCUCUUCUUCCGAAGCUUGGAGCUUGAAGAUCUUGAUUGGAUGCUAUAUGGAAGUGAAAGUGCUAUAUGUGUGGAAGACUGGAAGGCUCACACUGAGUACAGCAGCUACAAGGAAACUGAUCCUCAGAUAUCCUGGUUCUGGGAGAUUGUUGGGAGAAUGUCAGCAGAUCAGAGAAAGGUUCUUCUCUUCUUUUGGACCUCGGUGAAGUAUCUACCUGUUGAGGGUUUCCGUGGUUUGGCCUCGCAACUUUACAUUUACAAGUCCACAGAACCACAUGAUCACCUUCCUUCAUCUCAUACAUGCUUUUACCGGCUGUGUUUCCCACCUUAUCCCUCCAUGGCUAUCAUGCAAGAUCGCCUCCGCGUCAUCACCCAAGAACAUGUUGGAUGCAGUUUUGGCACUUGGUAAUGCAUUGGGUACAUUCACUUUCAGGGUAAACAAGGGUUCUUACUGCACAUAGAAAAGAUUUCAUCUCAGCUUGUACAGAUAGGUUUAUGUCGCCAGUUUCAUUAAACUAUGUAAGAAAGUCUCGUAGUUAAUUUAUGUUUCCUCCAGGAAAGUUGGGAUGUCAUUGCUCUUUUUGUCAGACUGUUAAUAUAGGUAUAGCGUAAAUAAUGCUGCUGGGGGCUAGAAGGAAGAAAAUUUCUAUGCUCCCAGAUGGACUUCCUUCAUCAGUAACAGUAGCUGAUUUUCUUGUCAUGCAACUACACAGAUUAUGCAAUGACAUCCAAAUUCAUAGAAAGGUUAUUAUUCUCA